GGCGGACAAUCUCAGGUUGCCAGAGCAUUGGGAGAUAUACCCGUCGAAGGUCAGGUCGCCGAGGAUGAGCACAAUCAGGCUCCGGUCGAACAGCUGGCUGUGCCGGGGUGUAUGCUCAUCACUUUCAGGACGAACCCUCGGCAAAUCGUGCAAGUCGACAGCGCCGGUCACGAUAACGUUACGGAAACACAGAUCCAUGUGCUCGUUGUCUGUGGAGACGAUGGGCGACGCAGAUGCCGCUGCUUGGCUGGGAUGCGCAGUGAUUGCGCGCAAGAUUCGCACUGGCACGGUCCCGUCGGACAGGACUUCUCUCAUUCGUCCAGAUUUAGAGGGCGCGGGCCGGACUGAGC